CGCCUCCCCGUGAAAACACCGGACAGAUUACGCACAGAUCUUCCCCGUCACCACAUCCACGCACAACCCGGGGACCAUUUCAAGCCGACAUUUGGACCUGUCGUCUUUAAGGGCUGGACUCUGAGGGGAAACCAAUGAGCUGAAGACGUCCCGUGCACACUUUUCUACCUUGUGUCGUCAACUGAAGAGGCAGCCGGGCUGCCAUCCUCACCAUGUGCCAAAGCAGGAGAGGACACAGCCCUGCCCCAUAGACACAGACUUGUGCAGUGUUCCAGUGGCUCCUCUGUCCCAGGAUGAAGAAGGCGGGCUCAUGGACAGCAGAGGAGGUGUCGCGCUGGCUGACAGAGGAGGGCAUGCCUGAGUAUGUGGAUGUUCUGCAGGGGACAGAUGGACCAGCUCUGCUCAGACUCACUCCAGACGACUUCAGGAAAAUGCCGCUGUCCCUCGUGUCCUCUGACGGAGGACAGCAGCUGUUGGAGCGUGUGCAAACACUGCUCAUUGAGAAUCAUAUCGAGACUCAUAAAAAUGGCCAUGCAAACGGGCACGUCGGGGGUCUGCCCAACGGGACCGCCAAGCCCCACAGGAACGGCACUCUGGGAAUGAGGAACUACGACAAGGAGAUGGUGCAGAUCCCUAUUCCCACUAAAGAGCUGCGCUCCUCCUUCCCCACAGAGUGGCCCAAAACAGCAGUGUCCUUCAUCUAUGCCGUGGUGUGCUUCGUCACCACCACUGUGGUCAUCUCAGUGGUCCAUGAGAGGGUCCCAUCCAAAGAGCACACUCCUCCUCUGCCUGAUAAGUUCUUUGACGUGUUCGACAGGAAAGAGUGGGCCUUCUCCAUCUGUGAGAUCAUUGGGAUGCUGCUGGUCUUACUGUGGUUUCUCCAAUGGAUGCUGCUAAAGCACAGGUCAAUUAUAGGCAGGCGCUUUUUCUUUAUCGUGGGCACUCUUUAUAUGUAUCGGUGUAUCACCAUGUACAUCACCACUCUGCCUGUUCCUGGGAUGCACUUCAAAUGUUCUCCAAAGCUCAUGGGCAACUGGGAGGCACAGAUGAGAAGAGUCAUGAAGAUGAUCGCUGGAGGUGGUCUCUCCAUAACUGGUUCCCACACAAUGUGUGGAGAUUAUUUGUACAGUGGCCAUACAGUUAUGUUAACCAUAACAUACCUCUUCAUCAAUGAAUAUUCUCCCAGGAGGUUAUGGUGGUACCCCUGGAUUUGCUGGGUGCUGAGUGCUGUGGCAAUCUUCUGUAUCCUCCUGGCCCAUGACCACUACACUGUGGAUGUGGUGGUGGCCUACUUCAUCACAACCCGUCUCUUCUGGUGGUACCACUCCAUGGCCAACCAGCAGUCACUCAAAGAGACGUCUCAGAGUAACCCAUUCUCGCGGGUUUGGUGGUUUCGAAUGUUCCAAUACUUCGAGGAGAACGUCCGUGGCACCGUCCCCAGGAACUACCAGCUGCCCACGUGGAGAGGCGUGCAGUGGGGCCGAGGGGUCCGGUACAGCAGGCUGGACCUCCCAUGAGCACUAGAGAGACAGACAGAGAGAAAGGGAGAAAGGUGGAUCAGGACUUCCAAAAGUGCAAAAGAGUUCCCACUGCACUUUCAAUGUAGCGCUGUCUCUUCACCUCCACUAACAGACCUGUGCAAAUGGGUAACACUGUGACCCACUUAGGAUUUUUGUUUGUAUAUAUAUUUUUAAGUUGUCUCACAUCCUUUUCCUGUCCAACAAAAAGCACUAAUUUAUAAAGGUUUAGUGUCUUUACAAAUGAUCCUGCUUAUUUUUAGCAGAACGACAAAGCAUUUCAGCAAUGUUUUCUCUUGCAGCACAAAAAUGUAAAUAAUCAUGUCUUCAUAUUCUUACAAUUUUUUAGUGCAAAUUGUGUCAAUCAAAAGCUUGUUUGAUAACCAAAAUGCCAUACGCAUUUAUUCUUUUUAUAGCAGAUUACUUUUUGUAAACUGUACUUGCUAAGAUGAGUCGAAAUGCAAAAACAGAAUUUUCUAAGUAUGUUGAGACUUUAUUUUUCAAAACUCAAAUGAUGUCCAAGAUUUUUAGAUUUUUACCUUUUUCAAGAUGGACAGCAAGAGCGUACAGAGCUAAAAUAGUAUAGCAUUUCUCCAGUGCCUUCCUUCGCUUGAUUGUAAAACAGUCCAAGUUCUAUGUGUCUUGUGUCUCUGUGCUGCUGUUGCACCCUCACAGCAGCAGGGGGCGGUACUUUACAAUAGUUUCAAAAUCUUGUUCCCAUGAAUGUAAAAUCAACAAAGCCAGCCUUAUCAGAAAAUUGGUCUUCCCAAAAUUAAGCGUGAGUCAAAUGUCCCGUUUUCCAUGGAUACUCUACGAUGUCAACUUUGUCACAUAAUUCUGUUCUAAAAGAGAUUUAUGACUGUUAAUUGUAUUUUAUCAUGUCUAUAUCAUUUCAUAUGUACCGAACCUUUUUACACCAGGGUGUUAUCUGCUCCUCAUUAAGUUCUAUGUGUACGGAGCUUGUCCACUACACUUUUUUUUCCCUUCCAAUGACUCUUUCUGUUUCACAUUUGAUUUAACUGUUAUACAUUUGUCAUGGUGCGGUUAUAAAGAGCAUUAUGGAAAGGGUUAUGGAUUUCAUUUGUUCAAUUUGAAGUGAGACACACGCAGUAUUACAAAGUAUUUUAGCAUAUUUUGGCUAGUCCUUUCUCAUUCAAUUACUUUUUAACCUUUUGGUGGUUUCAUAAGGUAACCAUCAUAACAAUGAAAUAAAUAUAACAAAUUUAAAACGUGCCUGGUUAUAUAAACUAUGCUAUAUAUCAACGGUUUUAAAUUGAACAUCUGAAUUUUCUUUCUUUUUCUUUUUUUUUUUCUUUCUGGUAGUAUUGGUCAUAAUCAGUUAAGGAUUGUCAAAUAUGGUUAAAUUAAUAAUAGUAUUGUAUUUUACAUUUUACGUGUCACUGUCCAAAUCCAGCUGCUGCUUCUAGAGUGAAGACAGUCUGUGUCUAUGACGUCAAACUUUGCCUUCUUAUAGUAAGAAGCACGAUGUCAAGUGAGGAGAACAAACCAUUGCAUGACGCACACAGCCGAUGAUGUUUGUGGCCACGAAUAUGCAGACAGCAGCUUUUCAGUUCCAUAAAUGUGAAAAUGUGUCUUUAUUUGACUGUAAAAGUAUUAUUUAAUUACAUCAAUUGGAUUAGCUUUGAUAGAUGAAAACUGCACUAAGCCUGGGAGUUUAACGGAUUAUCUCAAAGGUGCAUUGUGUAACUUUUCUGGUGGAAGGUCCAUCAAAUGCUUCUCUCCGUGGAGAUUAUUGCUUCGUUGCUUUGCCUGGAAUGUUUCACAGUAUGGCAUUAACCCUUUUGAUCUUUACGGAGACCAAACCAAGACAACUAACAAAUCAGGAUGCCUGUUUUUCUAGUUAUUUUUGUGCUCUGAAACCACCUGUAAUUGAGUAAAUGCAAAGUAGAGCUGUUUAAUGUCAUACUGUGGAACAUUCAAAGCAAAGCAAUGACAUAUCCAUCAAAACAAGCAGCUGACGGACCACCAACCAAAAAGUUACGCCUUUAAGCAUCUUCUUACAUUUCAAAUCUGGGCUUGUGCAGCUAACCAUGUCUUACACAAUCAGCAUUUUCCUCUUGUAGCAAUGUCCAUUAUUAUUUCAUGCUCUGUGCUGGGAGUAGGGUCCUUGCAUACGGCCAUAUUCUACUGGGAGACCUGCCAAGUGUCUGUUUACGCAGCGAGGCUCUCCUGGUGGUAGAUCAGUGUGUCCAAUGAAGUGUUCUCUUGACCAUGAGGAGGUUAUGUUGUAGUAUUUCGACUGUUCCUCCAUUUUGUCCCUACUCGUGUGUAUACCAGAUGUUUGUAAGAUAAUGAUAAAGGGUUCUAUUUGGGACACUUUGGAAUAAAAAGAUGCUAUAAACCUGA